AUGCCUACAUACUUCACACUCAACACAGGUGCGCAGAUUAUCGGCUUCGGCACAUGGCAAGCAAAAUGUGGAGAGGUUGAGCGUGCGGUGGAAAUAGUCCUCAAGAUAAGCUAUCGCCACAUCGGCUGCGCCGUCAUCUACGGGGUUGAAGCCGAACUGCGCGACGGCAUCAGAAGAAGCGGCGUUCCUCAUUCUAACAUCUUCCUGACUAGUAGUUUAUGGAACAUCAAGCCUGCACAAGGUGAUGUAGAGGGUGCACUAGACAAGUCGCUCCAGGAUCACGUCAUCGAAUAUCUCGGAUCUAUUCUUCAUGCACUGGCAGCCUUCAACGGAAAGCCAGGUAAAUGGUCUCCUUUGCGCGAAAGCGGCGUCUUCGAUCUCGUAGACAUUGACUCUGCCACCGCCUACAAGGCCAUGAAGACAUUUCUGCCCACUGGAAAAAUCUGCGCCAUUGGCGUCUCCAACUUCAUGAUUAGUCACUUGAACGACUUGCUUUCCAAGACUGACCCCGCUCUCUUCAAGAGUAAAGGGAUCCUUGUCGGGGAAGCUUACUCGCCUCUUGGCAACAACCCAACAGGCGAGCCGCGUACUGUAGCCGAUAAGCUUGUGGGUGUUCUGGGUCGCAGAUUAGGUUUGGACGGCGGUCUAGGUCUCGCCAGUUGGGGUAUUCAGCGUGGCACCGUGGUUCUACCCAAGAGCUUUACCUCAAGCCGAAUCAAGAGCAACAUGCAAGUCAAGGAACUGCCACCGGACGCGUUCGAUCAAUUGGGCAAGUUAGAGAGACACAAGCGAUUCAAUGUACAAUCGCGAUGGGGUAAUGAUAUCUUUGAGGAGCUUGGUGAUGAGUAG